CCUCAAGCCUUGACUCAUCAUUCAUCAACCAAUCAAAUCAAGCAACAAUCAAUUUAAUUACGUGUAGGAAUCCUAGGAGCAAAUCCUAAUCCAAAUCUUUCGAAAGGGUAAAAAUAAAAUACAAUUAAGUCACCGACCAAUGACCAUAUCCAACUCUAUUAAAAAGGAAACAAUUAUUUUUAUAAUUCAAAACAAAUAACAACAAAAGGAAAGAAAUGAUUUUUAUUGUUUUGUUUGUCCAAUGUCAAUUUUCCACCUACAUUUUCAUUCAGAGGGACUGAGGGAGAGGGAGUUUCUCGUUGUUAAAGAGUAAGACAAACUAGUAACUGAAAUCAAUCAAUCAAACCACUUUCUUCUUCUUCCAAAAACAAUUGUUUUUCUUCAUUUUUUCUGGGUUUGAUUUAGUUUGUGGAAUUGUGGGUUUGAAUUCUUAUUCCUAUAAGGAUGUUUGUAAAGAAACUUGUGGAUAGAGCAACCAAGAAGCCAGGAGAGAACUUGGAAUGCUUGAAACCUGAAGAUGUAAACCCUCGUCUAGCUUUUCAUUAUGGACUCCCUUCUUCGGCUGCUAUGUUCGCUUAUGAUCCAGUACAAAAGAUACUUGCUGUUUCCACCAAGAACGGGCUAAUCAAAUUAUUUGGAAAAGACAAUACACAAGCUCUGUUGCAGUCCAAUGAUGCACAACCUAGUAAAUUUUUGCAGUUCAUUCAAAACCAAGGUAUUCUUUUGAAUGUCACUUCUAAAGACCAGAUUGAGGUUUGGGACAUAGAUAAGAAGAUUUUGUGCCAUGUAGUUGAUUUCAAUGAGGUGAUCACAUCUUUUGCUGUGAUGCAACAUUGUUUCUUCAUAUUAAUAGGAAAUCAUGCUGGUAAUGUCAUGGUGUGGAAACUUGACAAGGAAUCAUACCAGAUGGAAAAAAUGAAAUAUUGGAUCCCUUUUGUUGCUUCACAUGGAUGUAUUAAUAAGGGUCCAGUUGAUCGUGCUGUAACGUAUAUAUUGCCUCAACCAACUGCAGAAAACAAGAGAAUUCUGCUUAUCUUUGCUGAUGUAUUGAUGAUAUUGUGGGGAAUCCGGGAAAGCAAAGCUGUAUUUACCGUAUGUAGUAGUGGAAACACGAGUCACUUGUCUUCUCAAGAAGCUAAGAGAGUAACCUCUGCAUGUUGGAUAUGUCCUUUUGGGACUAAAGUUGCUCUGGGAUAUGACUCUGGGGAUAUUUUGAUCUAUACCGUCUCCAGUUCAGACGCAGAAAAUGGUUCGCCAGUGAGUGGAGACUCCUGUAAAAACCAAAUUGUUAAUACUUCUAAGAUUAAUCUCGGGUAUAGAUUGGAAAAAACUCCUAUAGCAUCAUUGAAGUGGGUGUACUCGGGUGGAAAAGCUAAUCGCUUAUAUGUUAUUGGCGCUUCUGAUGACUCAUCGACAAACUUGGUUCAGGUGAUCUUGUUGAAUGAAGACGCAGAAUCUCGAACAAUCAAAGUAGGGCUUCAGCUGCCAGAACCAUGUAUUGAUUUGGAAAUUAUUUCAUGCCCAAAUGAACAAAGCAAACAUUACCAACAGUAUUUGCUUCUGCUCGGAAAAUCAGGUCUCAUAUAUGCAUAUGAUGAUCACUCUAUUGAGAAGUGUUUGUUGCAAUUCCAAUCAAAAUCUUCGGUAACACUACCAAGUGAACUGAUGAUAAAGCUUCCAAUUUCUGCUUCAACUACUACUACCGCGCAAUUUAUCACUAACCAUUUCAACAGUACGGAUGCAAAGGAUGAGGAUUACAAUUCUCUUCUGAAGAAUUUCCCAUCUGUACUUCCUUCUGUAGCAAAGCAUGUUGGCUUACCUCAAUUUACUGGAUUCGCGAAGGUUAAGAACCUUUAUAUUACAGGACAUGAUGACGGAACUAUCAAAUUUUGGGAUGUUACAUGCCUGCUUUUAAUCCCCCUUGUAUCAUUAACACAGCAGAACGACGAUGAAUCAUCUCAAAGUGGCAUAGCAGUUACAGCAAUUCAUUAUUGUACUUCAUCACGACUGCUAUUUUCUGGAGACAAAAACGGAAUGGUCCGUAUCUAUCAAUUUAAGCCUGAACCAUUUCCUGUGGAAAAUGGGUUUUUCUCUUUAUCAGGAAGUUCAAAGAAAGGAAGCAAUCAUAUGAUCCAUGGUGUGAAGUGUAUAAAGGUCAAUGGGUCUGUAUUGUCUUUUGACAUAAGUAGCAAUUCAAGGCACCUUGCAGUCGGCUCCGAGCAAGGGCAUAUUUCAGUGAUUGAUAUAGAGAGUUCUGCCAUCUUGUAUCAGAAAAAAAUUGCAACCGAGUUAUCGGCAGAUGUUAUAUCUCUGAAAUUUGAAUCACCUAACAUUCAAGGCUUUGAGAAGAAUGUACUGCUUAUCAUGACAAAGGAUUCAUCUUUGUGGGCACUUGAUGCUGAUACCGGACAUACACUGAGCGGUAGCUCAGUGCACCCAAAGAAACCAUCAAGAACUCUGUUUAUGCAAAUUUUAGAGGCAAGCCGGGGAUCUUCGACAGAGGAAGCACCACAAAAACAGCAAGUGUUGCUUAGCUCUGAGAAGGCUGUAUACAUCUAUUCUUUACCACAUAUAAUUCAGGGGACUAAGAAGGUUAUCAACAAAAAGAAGUUUAAUUCAUCUUCGUGUUUAUGGGCUUCUACGAUCUGCACUACCUCCAGUAUAGGACUUAUACUUCUCUUUUCAUGUGGAAGAAUCGAAAUACGGUCACUCCCAGACUUAUCUGUUGUGAAAGAAACUACAUUGAGAAGUUUUACUUGCUCAACCUUGAAGCAAAAUGCGUUUCCUGACUACUUCGUUUGCUCUUCAGCUGACGGCGAAGUCAUAAUGAUGAGGAGCAAUCAAGAAGUUGCUGUGGCUUCAAUGUUGCUGGAAAACGGAACGUACAGACUCUUGGACUCUCUUUCUCGAGUGUAUAAUGAAAAUCUUACCGCUUUGGAGAAUGCAACAACUACUCCUUCCGUCCAUCAGAAAGAAAAGAAAAAGGGGAUGUUUGGCACUCUAUUCAAAGAUGUAAGUGGAAGUAAAAUGAACCAUGGAGCUGAUCCUGAAGCUGUAGAUGGGAGAACAAUUUCUGAAGAACUAACAAAACACUUUGCAGUUUCCAACUUUCCUACUCAAUCACAAGGUUUUGUUAACACUACAGUGGAGGAUGAAAAUAAUGACUUAGAUAUUGACGAUAUUGAUCUUGAUGAUCAGGAAGAGAAACCGAAAGGUAACAAUGUGAGGACAUUACUAAAUACACAGAAAUUGGCAAGCAAGUUCCAAUCCUUCAAAGGGAGACUGAAGCAAGCAGUAAAAACUGAAAAAUCUUCAGCACAAGAAGAACCACAAUAUGAAAAGGCUGAGACAGUAGAUCAAAUUAAGAAGAAAUAUGGAUACUCCUCAUCUAGUCCCACUUGUGAAUCAAGUGCUGCUAAAAUGGUCGAAAGCAAGCUCAUUGAGAAUGUGAAGAAAUUGCAGGGUAUUAGUUUGAAAACUACAGAGAUGCAGGAUAGUGCUCAGACAUUUUCAUCUAUGGCGAAAGAGACGCUACGAUUAGCUGAACAGAAAAACAUAACCAAGUAAAACCAUCAUAUAUUCUGUGAUUUAAGGACUAUCAACUAUGGUUAUGCGUCUAUCUUGGCUGGAAUUUUUACUUUGUGAGGAUAAAUUUUCUUUAUUUUGUUGGCUUCUAUGAUCAUCUAUGUAUAAAGUAUAUAAGUAUAUUUAUAAUUGUUUAUUUUAACCCAAGUGUAAAGGUAUAGGUACAUGGGAAAUCACCAAGUUUCGGUUUGAAUAGAGCAAUAUAUUUUAAGUUUCUAAGUA